AUGAACCAAAACAGCGUCGAGUACCGCCGCAAGGCCGCCACUCCCACCUCCGAAUCGGUUACCGAAAACCUCAUGCUGCGCGAGAAUUUCUCCCUAGACGACCACAUCGCCAAGACCCCCGCCAUAAAUAACCAUGGCUUCUUCGAGCUGCCCCUCCAGGACCAGAGGAACUUCAUGCUCCUCGUCCUCCUCUACUUCCUUCAGGGCAUCCCCAUGGGCCUGGCCGGCGGCUCUGUGCCCUUCCUCAUGAAGGAUCACAUGUCGUACAGCGAGAUCGGCAUCUUCAGCCUGGCCUCCUACCCCUAUUCUCUCAAGCUCUUCUGGAGCCCCAUCGUCGACGCCGUCUGGAGCCCCAAGUUCGGCCGCAGGAAGAGCUGGAUCCUGCCCAUCCAGAUGCUCUCCGGCAUCGGCAUGCUCUGGCUGGGCUCCGUCGUCGAACCAAUGAUGGCCACCGCCGGCAAGGACGGCGGUCCCACCAUCUGGGGCUUCACCGGCUGGUGGUUCUUCCUGGUCCUCAUGUGCGCCACCCAGGACAUCGCCGUCGACGGCUGGGCCCUUACCCUCCUGACCCCGGGGAACGUCUCGUACGCCUCGACCGCCCAGACCGUCGGCCUGACCGCCGGCCACUUCCUGUCCUACACCGUCUUCCUGGCCUUCAACUCGAAGCACUUUGCCAACCGCUACUUCCGCGCCGUCCCGCUCGACCGCGGUCUCCUGUCGCUCGGCCCCUACCUCACCUUCUGGGGCUGGGCCUACCUCGUCAUCACCGUCGGCCUGGCCCUCUUCAAGCGCGAGGAGAGGACGCGCAACGAGGACGGCAUCUGGGACGUCUACAAGAUCAUGUGGGGCGUCCUCAAGCUGAAGAACAUCCAGACCAUCAUCGCCGUCCACCUCGUCGCCAAGAUCGGCUUCCAGGCCAACGACGCCGUCACCAACCUCAAGCUCAUCGACAGGGGCUUCGGCCAGGAGAACAUGGCCCUCACCGUCCUCAUCGACUUCCCCUUCGAGAUCAUCCUGGGCUACUACGCCGGCAAGUGGUCCCAGGAGUACACCCCGAUGCGCCUCUGGUGCUGGGCCUUCGUCGCCCGCCUCGCCGCCGCCGUCGCCGCCCAGUGCACCGUCGCCCUCUUCCCCGCCGGCGGCGUCACCACCUGGUACAUGCUCGUCGUCAUCGCCGAGCACGUCUUCUCCACCUUCACCAACACCGUCAUGUUCGUCGCCGUCUCCGCCUUCCACGCCCGCGUCUCCGACCCGGCCAUCGGCGGCACCUACAUGACCCUCCUGGCCACCGUGUGCAACCUGGGCGGCACCUUCCCCCGCUUCUUCGUCCUCCGCCUCGUCGACUAUUUCACCGUCGCCACCUGCCGCCCCAGCGCCACGGCCGACGUCCUCGCGCCCUUCUCGUGCUCCCUGCAGGCCGACAAGGCGCGGUGUCUCCAGGGCGGCGGCACCUGCGAGACGGUCCACGAUGGCUACUACAUCGUCAACAUCCUCUGCGUGAUCCUCGGCCUGGUGACUUUUGUCUCCUUUAUUCGGCCCAGGGUGCUGCACCUGCAGUCGUUGCCGAUGAGGGCGUGGAGGCUAACUCCGACAAAACAAUAA